CAAGAGGGGCAGCAGCACGCCCACAGACACCGAGCAAAGCGGAUUAAAGUCCCGCAGAGAUGGCAGGGGAGUCCGAGGACGAAAUACCAGAAUCAGGAGCAGUUUUCACAUUUGGAAAGAGCAAAUUUGCUGACAACAUCCCCAGUAAAUUCUGGCUUAAAAAUGACGUCCCCUUAAAGAUAGCCUGUGGGGACGAGCAUACCGCCUUAAUAACAGAAAAUGGGAAACUCUUCAUGUUUGGCAGCAACAACUGGGGCCAGCUCGGCCUGGGGUCCAAACAGACUGUGAACAAGCCCACUUGUGUCAAAGGUUGGUCCUUAAAGACGCUCUCUGUUCCUGUUUUAGCCCCGAAAAGAAGAGAGAGGAUCGUGAGU